GUCUAUCUCAUUGCCUCUGUGGAAAGGAACUGCGGCCUACAUUUAGGGGAUUUAUACCAGAAGAAGUUGAGUGUCACAUGAAAGUCACUGGCCCUCACCCCCUUCGCGUUGUAUAUUCCCCCAACUUUCCUUGCCAUCGGAUACUUUGUCUGGACCGCUCCAAAGUCGAUGCCGCGUGAUCUUCACGUGUCCCACGUAUCCUCAUCCUCCUCCCAACGGUAUAAAAGCUUCUUCGACUCCGCUAUCGUAGGUUCCAGAGAGGAUUCGCGGUGUUUUUGGUCGUUAAAAACUCAUAUGGGAACGUACGAUGCUGUGGUGGACCUGUGGUUUCGAAAGAUUCAUUUGCGCGCACUCAUGAGUUCGGCUGGGGUGGGGUAUCAAAAAACGCUUCAUCUAAGAGCAAUGGAGCUGGAGGUUAGAAAACAAAUCGCAGUCGUGAUGGCCACCACUGGCGAUCUCGGAAGACUCGAUCACUGGUAUCAUGAAUCCCAAGAGGUGUGCGUCACCAUCACUACGAAUUCCUUCUCCACGGCCACCCAUCAGACCCCUUUUCCGCCAUCUGACACUCGAGUCCAACCCCAUCAGAAAAAGAGAAGCUCCUGUUGCUCUCCCCCACCCAACGACUCAUCGAGGCAUUGUAGCUCUGUUGAUACUCCACACCAACUCCAUGGUCUGGUGCGAUUGGAUAAGCUGAUCUUCUCCAUCCGCUCUCAUCGAACUCUCCAUCUCCCUUGCAGAAGAGAAAGAGGUUCGUCCAGGCGACGAGGAAGAUUUUAUACCCCAUCAGGGGUCUCGUCACGUGGUUAUCAGAUGGCCUCACUCAGGCACGAGGGAAGAGGCGAAGAAUGGCACGGGUAAAGUGGCAAUGAGAAGUUCCUGAGGGCGAGAGGGGCUAGGUAAUCUCUGAUAGGCUUUGCCCCGUUUUGUUGGAAGUUCCUACGAAUCUAACCGGAUGGAAUGGAAUUUGAUAGACGGGACGUGUACGCAGUGUGACACACGGUGUAGCAAUCACUUCCUGCUACUUAUUUCGCAGUCUUGUUGGAAAGA